GUCGUUUGCACUUUUUUAACCAAACUUAAUUUCAAAUUUAAGUUAAAGGACUAAGACACUAAGAAAUAGAUACGUUUAAAUAUAUCUAAUAAUAGUGUCGAUCUUUGUUGUUGGCCUUAAACGUAGAAGGAAACUAUUUACAUACGUUCUAGUUCAUUUUACUUUUUUUAAAAGGAAAACUACAAAUCGGUAAAUGCUAUAGAUAAACUAGUAUCUAAUUGGUAAUAUUUGCGAUAAAUUGCGAACACUUUCGUGUUUUCAGUAUCUCCCAUAUGUCAUUGUUUGGACAUAUUUAGUGUUGCAACAAGAAGAUAAUUGUGAAAAAAAGUUAAAGCAAUAUGGAGGUUUUUAAGACAAUAUUUCUAUUAUAUUUCUUGAUUUUGGAAAAAGUCAUCCCUCAAACUUGCCCAUCUUCGUCCACAACCAGUUAUGGUUCCCCAUUAAUCCACGAUGAUCAUACAGCAACGGUAGGUUCAAACGGACCCGUUGUUUUGGAAGAUACAGAGUUUUUAGACGAAAUGUCCCAUUUCGAUCGAGAAAGGAUUCCCCCGAGGGUUGUUCACGCCAAAGGAUUUGGGGCAAGCGGUUACUUCGAAGUAACAAAUGACAUAACAAAAUAUAGUGCAGCUAAAGUAUUUUCACAAAUAGGCAAGAAAACGCCAAUUGCAGUGCGGUUAUCAUCGACCUUGAGCGAUCAAGGAAUAGCCGACACAAUACGCGAUGUGAGAGGUUUUUCCGUAAAAUUUUACACUGAAGAUGGAAUUUGGGAUUUGGUAGGGAAUGACUUUCCGGUAUUUUUCAUUCGAGAUCCCAGACUGUUUCCCCAUGUUAUUCACGCUUUGAAACGCCAUCCGACAACCAAUUUAUUUAACGCCACUACGAGAUGGGACUUUUACACUUUACGUCCAGAAACUGCCCACAUAGUGAUGUGGCUUUAUUCCGACAUGGGAACGCCAUACAGCAUGCGCCACAUAAACGGUUACGGCGUUAACACUUUCAAAUUGGUCAAUAAAUCCGGUCAACAUGUUUAUUGUAAAUUUCAUUUAUACAGUCGUCAAGGUAUUAAAAACUACUCCGGUAAAGAAGCAGCAGCAAUCCAGGCAUCUGAUCUCGAUAUCUAUCAAAGAGACAUGUUUAAUAACAUUGCCAAAGGUAAUUAUCCUUCGUGGACGAUGCAUAUUCAAGUGAUGACCCAAAACCAAGCGGACACGUCGACAUUUAACAUUUUCGAUGACACUAAAGUAUGGCCUGAAGACCAAUAUCCUCUAAUCGAAGUCGGAAGACUAACCCUUACAAAAAAUCCAAUCAAUUACUUCGAAGAAGUUGAACAGAUUGCUUUCUGCCCAACACGUAUGGUUCCCGGUAUAAGACCGUCGGUAGACAGGAUGUUACAUGGAAGACUCUAUUCGUAUACCGAUACGCAAUUAUACAGAUUAGGUGCCAAUUAUAUGCAACUUCCUAUCAAUCGUCCUUGUAAUGUACAAAAUUAUCAACGAGAUGGGAAAAUGACAUUCUACAGUCAAGGAGGCGCUGUAAACUAUCACCCAAAUAGUUUCGGAGGUCCAAAUGCAUCACAUUGGGCACAGAGCUUAUCGUCUCCUUACUUUACAUCUGGUGUUGUCGGUGUUUAUGAUAAUGGUGAUGAAGAUAACUUUUCUCAGGCAACAUAUUUUUAUAAACACAGGCUUGACGAUGCUGGACGAAAUAAUUUUAUUGAAAACGUGUUUGAUGAACUACGAAACGCUGAACGAUUCAUACAGAAAAAGGCCAUAAAAAUGUUCAAAAAGAUUGACGAAAGCCUUGCUCAGAACUUAGCAACAAAAUUAAAUUCAGCUAAAUAAAAAUUAUCCAUGUAUAGUUUGUAUGUAUGCCUUGUUAAUUAGCACACUAUUAAGUAACUGUACAACAAUUUAUUGUGUUAAUGUGGGUUUGUGCAUUUAGGGUUAAAUCUCUCUUUAAAGACUAAAUUUCGUAGAUAAAUCGUACUAUUUUUAAUUCAUUAUUAUUAGUACUAUUAAGACUUUCUUUUGUGCACGAUUUGUAUAGAAAGGUGUAAAUUCAAUUAGAAAAACACACUAUGCAUAAUUUUGUUGUGCUAUUAAGAUAUUGUUAAAUUUUUGUUUCUUUAAUAUCAAUAUUAUGGAUGUUAUCAAUACA